GUUUUCACUCAGGAAGAGUUACAGUUGGGUAGCAAGGAUCUCCAUCUCUUUGGGGUGCUGCCAGUUCUGGGUCUGCCAGCUCCAUUCAUAACCUCAGCAGACCAAGGACCUCUACUUAGUUUUAUCUCGCAAAAGGAAGUGUUUCCUAGAAGAGUUGUUGGAGAGCAGGACAUUGAACUUGGAAAUGGCAAAGCAGUCACAGCAAAGUGGCUCCUGUCUCAUCAGUGUCUCUCUCAAACAGAAUCUGAGUCUGGAAGACAAACUUGUUCCACGUGUGAGCCUUGCGUACCAGAGCUUGGGGGAACCUAGAAGAAAUGUCUUUGCCAAAUUAUGUCUCUACUUCAAAGACACCUUGUAUGAUAGGACAACAAAAGAAGGGACAAGUCACUUCACCUUGUCUCUUUUCGUCACAAUUCUCCCUCUUAACCAGAUAAGCUUGCUUAAAGUGGUUGCCCAGGGAAGGAGGUGACGUGGAGGGAUUAGAGGCACAAAGAAUCUUUUUGGGUUAACUAUAUAUAAUUGAAAAUAAAUUUAAAAAAGAAAAAGGCAUCCCAAAAAAAACCUUGGGUGGCGGAUAUGUUCAUUAUUUUGGUUGUAAGAAUAGUUACACAGGUGUACACGUCAAACCAUCAAAUUGUGUGUUUUAAAUAUGUGGUUUAUUUUGUGUCAAAUGUACCUCCAUAAGUGUUUAAAAAGUGUAUCACGAUUCAUGUUAUACGUGCAACCAUACACCUUCAGAAUUCAGUCUUGCAUUAACUUUUUGCUUAUCAAAAAUCAACCCAUAACCAAAGCACAAUCUAAAAAUGGAUUAAGUAGUCCAUUUCUGGUUUCCUUUUUUCCAGUAGCGCCAAAACACAAAGGCAUAGCUGUCUUGAUGCGGCUGUUUCAGGUAUCAAAGGAUGCCUGGCACAAGGAAGGACAAAUGAUGCAAUAAUCCAGCCAAGAGCCGAUCCCACAAUUCGACAUCUGCCAGGGAAAUCCUACUCUAGGGAGAGUGAUGAGCGCGACAAAAGCUCAGGGCUGGGAAAAGACCGGUAAUCAGUGAAAAAAAAGACUGGAUCCGGCCCUAAGUCCCACUUCCGCCCAGGUCACAUGCCCGCGCCGGCAGUGCCCCUGCUUUUUCGUCCGGCGCUGCCUUCCACCCCUAAACUUUCGGUCCCGCCCGCUGGCUGUCUGCUCUGGCUCCUGGGCACACCUCCUCGUGCACUUCCUCCCGCACUCUGACCCGCGGCCGAGCGCUUGUGCCCUCCGCGGUAUAGUCUCUCCCUGUAGGGCCAGUGGGAACGGGGUCUGCCAUACUCUAACCAAGAGUUUGAAGGGGCGUGGGAAAACCACGCGCGGUUGGCCUUCUGCUUUCUACUCAAGAGCUGUCUUUAAAUUCUGAAGGCUCAACCCCUGACACCCACCGACCAUGCCCGCGGGCGUGCCCUGGACCACCUACGUGAAAAUGGUCACAGCCAGCCUCUUGGCCAUGUUCGCAGGGGCUGAAGUGGUGCACAGAUACUACCGGCCGGACCUGACAAUACCUGAAAUUCCACCAAAGCCUGGAGAACUCAAAACAGAGCUUUUGGGACUGAAGGAGAGACAACACAAACCUCAAAUUUCUCAGCAAUAGAAACCUCAAAAUACAACUUUGCCAAGAACUCUGUAAAUAAUGUCUUAAAUAUAUAUUUUUGAAAUUUAUUGUAAAAGUAGCAUUGACAAUGAGUGCUUAUGGUGCUAAGUUAAUGUUUUUCUAAAGAUUGGAAAGUACUGUUAACAAAUUAAGUUGAAAUAUUUAAAGUUUGAAGUUCAUUUGGAAUUGUAUACAUAAAAUUAUAAUAAUUGUGACUUAGACUGUCACAAUUUCUUUACCUCCAAAUUUGAGAAAUCAUGUUUUUUCUUAUGAAAUAUAUUUAAAGAUAACUGGAAAACUUAAAUGAGCAUGUCAUGGGUUGAAUUGUGUCUCCCACCCCGCUCCCUGCCCAGUACAGGUGAAUGUAACCUUAUUUGGGAAUAGGGUCUUUGCAAGUGGAACCGAGUUAAGAUGAGGUCAUUAGGGUGGGCUCUGAUCCAAUACGAAUGGUGUCUUUAAAAGAAGAGGAAAAUGCCAUUUAAAGACAGAGAGAACGCCAUGUGACAACAGAGGCAAAGACUGGAGUGAUGCAGCGAAUGGCCGGGCAACACCAAGGAUCAAAGGCGACCACCAGAAGCUAGGAAGAGGCAAGGAAGGACUCUGUCCAGAGUCUCAGGUUAUGGCCCUGCUGACACCUGGACUUCAGACUUCUGGCUUCCAGAAUUGUGAGAGAAUAAAUUUCUGUUUUCUUAAGCUACCCAGUUUGUGGUACUUUCUUGUGGCAGCCCCAGGAAACUGAUAUAAACAUUUCAACUUUUCUGAGUCUAAAUACAGAACAAAAGUAAUUUAUAGAACAGUUAGCUUUCUGUUCAGGGCUAUUUUUUUUUUUUUCAAUAGAAUUCUGCAUUCUUAAAGAUAAUGUCUAGGCUUACUACUUAGCUAGUUAGCAAAUUGCAACAUAACAGAUCUUUGGGAUCAGAAUUGAAAUCUUAAAUAUUAAAUUCCUAAAUGCAAGCAAAACGCUUUUGUUUUACUCUGUAGUAAAUACCCUUUUCAAUUUAAUAGUAUAAAGCAACUAAAUGAAAUGGCUUAUUUCCAGCCUUAUAUAUAAGCUCUUUCCUGCUCCUAUGUCAUUUGGUACCUUAUCAUAUGCUUCCAGCACAAAGAAGAUCUCCACUUGUUAGUGACAAAUGCGCAGUAGCCCUAGGGAAAGGGCUGGGAGAUUGUGUUUUUCAUUGAGACUGCUUGCUCUUUGCUGAUAUUUCAUUUCCUGUGAUCUUGCACAUGAGCUGUUCCUUCUCUAGAUCUAAUUUCAUAGCUACUAUUAAUUGAAUACUUUUUUUCUUGAAAUAAAUUGUAUACUUUACAAA